AGAGAGCGUAUGGCCGCGCGGUGCCAUUAACUUUACUAGAGCGUCGCCGAAAAGUGGCUCAAAGAGGCUUUUCAUCGCUCUGGAUGUGAAAAUCAAGAAGACUGAAGCCAAAAAGAGAAAAAGUACGAGAGAAAAAAAAGAGAUCAAGAAGACACAACUUGACACUCGUAUCGUUGUGGAUUGUAUCGGCGGCUUUUUCUUGCUUGUUUGUUUGUUUAUUUGUUUGUUGUUUUUUUAUUCUGCAAAGGGAGAGUGAAUGAGUGUGCUUUUUUUUCGCGGGUAAGGAGCUCCUAAAAACCGGGUGAAUGUACAGCAUGAUGAUGGAGACGGACCUGCACUCGCCGGGUGCGCAGACAACCGGGAGCGCGACGGGGUCGCACGCGGGUCCGCUGGCUAUAGGCGGAGGAGGAGGUGGAGGAGGAGGAGGGGGCAAAGCGGGGCAGGAGCGCGUGAAGCGGCCCAUGAACGCGUUCAUGGUGUGGUCGCGUGGACAGAGGCGCAAGAUGGCCCAGGAGAACCCCAAGAUGCACAACUCGGAGAUCAGCAAACGCCUGGGUGCCGAGUGGAAGGUGAUGUCCGAGGCGGAGAAGCGGCCGUUUAUCGAUGAGGCCAAGCGGCUGCGCGCCAUGCACAUGAAAGAGCACCCGGACUAUAAGUACCGGCCCCGGAGGAAGACCAAAACGCUGCUUAAGAAAGACAAGUACUCGCUUGCCAGUGGUUUGCUCGGGGCACCGGGCAUGAACCAGAGAGGUCUCGAGAGCCCCGGCGGACUGAGCGGUAACGGCAGCGUGAGUGCCGCGGCGGGCUACGCGCACGUGAACGGCUGGACGAACGGCGCUUAUGCGGCGGCGGCGGCGAUGAUGCAGGAAGCGCAGCUGGCCUACGGAGGACCGCACGGAGGAGCGGGAGGCGCGCACCCGCACCACAUGCACCCGCACCACCACCACCCUCACCACCAUCCCCACCACAGCGCGCAGUCCGUGCACCGCUACGACAUGAGCGCGCUACAGUACAGCCCCAUCUCGAACUCGCCGGGCUACGUGAGCGCCUCGGCCGCCUCGCCGUACGGCGGUCUCGCGUACACGCAGCACCAUUCCCACCACCAGAGCGCCACUUCCCUGGUCAAGGCCGAGCCCAGUGCCAGCCCGCCGCUCGCCGCACACACCCGCGCGCCCUGUCCCGGAGACCUGCGGGACAUGAUCAGCAUGUACUUACCUGCGGCAGCGGCGGCGGCCGGAGGCGCAGAUGCUGCCGAGCAGACAGUCCAGAGCAGACUGCACGCGCUGCCGCAGCACUACCAAAGCGCCACGGCCGGCAUUAACGGAACCGUUCCGUUAACACACAUUUGAAAGAAAAAAAAAGCAUCGAGAAAGAAGUAACCAAAUAUUUACCUCUUUUUAGAUCAUAACUACCUUUUUGUACAGAAUGUCUUUCGUUGUAAAUUUAAAGGUGAUUAUUAUUAUUAUUAUUAUUAUUAUUAUUAUUAUUAUUAUUAUUAUUAUUAUUAUUAUUAUUUAAUCAUUGAAAGUAAGCUGAUGGGUUCAGCAUGUCCCCAUUUUUACCAGAACAAGAACACUGCCAGCAGUCUAGAUAUUUUUGGGACAUCUUGACCAUUUUCAUUUUUAAUUUUCUGAUAUUUUCUUUGAAGCUCGUUUUAAACACGAGGCCGCCUUUCACAUAAAAAUGCCCACAGUGUUUUAAAGGUUCUUCGGUUUGUAAACACGUGACUAAGCCUGUGUAUCUGAUCCAUUCCUUUCUCUCUUUUUGGUCGUUGUAUUUUUUUCAUGUAAAUGGUGCAUAUAUUAUAGAGAGAACUGAUAGGCCUAUACACACUGUAAAUAGUUUCCUUAAUUUUUUUUUGCAAGAAAAUGACAUUUUUUGCGUUGGUGUGAAACGAAUAAAUUUCACAGCUGUUAAUCUUA